CACAAGUGUGCCUCCCGUGCUGGGCUCUCCUCAUUCUGUCUGGGGACAACAGAGAGCAGGAUGUGGCCACCUUAUCCCUCACUGCUGAAGUUUUCAGGCCCGUAGUCCUCUCUUUUCCUUGCCACAAUUUAGGUUUUCUGCUAAGAGCCAAAUGUGAAGGCUGUCCUAAGAAACCCGGAGCCGGGGAAGCUCGCCAAAGCUCUGCAAAGAGGGCCAGAGCCUUGCCGAGGGAAAGAGAGAAGGGAAAAGUUUUCAGUUCUCCAUGAAGCGUACUAUGUUCUGCCAUUCAUUCCCAAAGCUGCCAGAAACAUUCCUCCCAGGAAAGGUGGAGUUGGUGGUGAGAAGCCUGAGGUGAGAAGACAUCUGGGAGGACCGAUUAACCCAUUUUCUGAAUUUCCUAUGUGGGGCCAGCCUUAGAGCCCAGCAAGGCUCUGAGACACCCCGAAGAUGAGCACCAACGGCAGCAGCGUGGGCCAGCUCCUCUGGCAGGCACCCGUGUGCGCUGGCUGGAAGCAGGAUCUGGAAGGGGCUCUCUACCACCUGGCCAACUGCUUCUUGCUCCUGGGCUUCAUGGGGGGCAGUGGGGUGUAUGGAUGCUUCUACCUCUUUGGCUUCCUGGGCACAGGCUACCUGUGCUGCGUGCUGUGGGGCUGGUUCCACGCCUGCGGCCUGGACGUCGUCCUCUGGAGCUUCCUGCUGACAACGGCCUGUGUGCUCCAGCUGGCACACCUGGUGUACCGCCUCCGCGAGGACACCCUCCCUGAAGAGUUCGAGCUCCUCUACAAGACGCUGUGCCUGCCCCUGCAGGUGCCCCUGCAGACAUACAAGGAGAUUGUCCACUGCUGCGAGGGCCAGGUCUUGACUCUGGCUGCCGAGCAGACCUAUGCUGUGGAGGGCGAGACGCCCAUCAACCGCCUGUCCCUGCUGCUCUCUGGCCGGGUUCGUGUGAGCCAGGACGGCCAGUUUCUGCACUACAUCUUUCCUUACCAGUUCAUGGACUCUCCCGAGUGGGAAUCGCUGCAGCCCUCUGAGGAGGGGGUGUUCCAGGUCACUCUGACAGCCGAGACUGCGUGUAGCUAUAUUUCCUGGCCCCGGAAAAGUCUCCACCUUCUUCUGGCCAGAGAGCGAUACAUCUCCCGCCUCUUCUCGGCCCUGCUGGGCUAUGACAUCUCCGAGAAGCUCUACGCUCUCAACGACAAGCUCUUUGCUAAGUUUGGGCUGCGCUUCGACAUCCGUCUCCCCAGCCUCUACCACGUCCUGGGGCCUGCUGCCCCAGAGACAGGGGCAGAGUCCGAGAAGGAUGAUGAGGAAGUCCAUGAGCCGGCUGUGUCCCCUCCUCAGGCCAUGCCCACAUCUGUCCAGCACACGCCCCCUUGCUCUCCCCCUCCAGCUGCCACCGACCCUCCUGCACCUCCUUCCUGGGCCAGGAUGUCCAGGCCCGACAGCAGCGUCCUGGGUGAGGACUCCACCAGUCUGGUGCUGGAGGAUUUUGAGGAAGUGUCAGGAUCAGAAUCGUUCAUGGAUUAUAGGAGUGAUGGGGAGUACAUGAGGUGAGGGAAGAAUUAACAUGGGCACGGCCACCGGGCUCAGGAUCCUGUCUUCUAGAACUCCUUGCCAAAGCUACUCUCAAGUUAUGUCCAGGGGACGGGCCCCCUUGGCUCCCAUCCACACCCCUGAACUUUAAGGACCAGUGGGCCAUCUUUUUCUGGCCACGUUAAUCUUCACAGGAAGGUCGCUUGGAUGCACACCCCUCUCCUCACCCCCUGGAAGGCUCACUGGCACUGUCGGAGCAGACACAGAAGAUGCCAGAACGCAGUCACACCCCGGGCCCUGAGUGACUUUUAGAGAUUCACCCUCACCAGCCUUCCUUCCAGGAGAAGGCAGCCGAGCGUGCAAAAGCACAGAUUCCGUCCUUUACCGCCUGCAGAAUCUUGGGCGGGUGCCACAGCCUCCCCAAGCCUCCUCUGUAAGGCGGGGAUUAGAACAUCCACCUCACAGGGCUGUUGUGAGGACUUAACCAGUCAAUUCAGGAGAGCACCUGGGUGGUGGCGGGGCACCUGGUAAGCGUUCAAUAAAUCACUCCAUUCCUU